GCGAAGCGACGACGCUUGCAGUACAGCGCCGUGCCGCGUGCUAGAGUCGCGAUGAUCCGAGAACUGAGCCUGGGACUUCUGAUCAACACCAAUGUUCCCUUUUCUUUCUUUAGCGAUUCAUUCUUUCAGCAGCUCACCUGGCAACUUGACCCUCAUCUAUCUGAUCAGAUAUCAGGGAGCCGGCAAUCGAUGAGCCGCUUGUUGGAUGACAUGUACAAGACCAAGAACGAUAAGGUCAAGCAGGAGCUCUCGGAUGCCCUUAGCAAAAUUCACCUGGGGUUCGACCUGUGGACAUCACCGGAUCGACACGCUGUCAUGGCAGUCACGGCUCAUUUCCUUGACCGCCAGGGGAAGCAC